UUCUUUGCUAGAGUUCUUUUUAUUUAUGUUUCUUGUCCUCUGUUUCUCAAAAUUUAUGCUCUGUACCUAUAAUAUUUCAGUAUUCUAAAAUACUAUUUUAUAAGCAUAGCGAUGAAUCGUAUUAAAAAUAGUCUGUUUGCUGUAACAGUUCAGUGUAACCUGAAAAAUAACCUUCACACUUCAGCGAGGGAUUUUGCUUGGACCAAGUCUAAAUUGCCCAAGGAAUUUCUGCAGUUUAACAAAAAAAUAUAUCCUCCGCAAGAAAUAGGGGAAAGCCCCAGACCAGCUUUUAUAUGCCACCAGAAAACUAACAUUAAAUACAGUCCUGAAAAACUUUGGUAUAUAGCAUCUUUUGUCAGAGGAAUGACUGUGGAUGAAGCUAUAAAACAACUCAGUUAUGUUAAUAAAAAAGGAGCAAGUUUUAUUAAGGAGACAAUCCUGGAGGCACAAGAUCUGGCCGUUAAAGAACAUAAUGUUGAAUUUAAAAGCAAUCUUUGGAUAGCCGAGUCAUUUUCGGGAAAAGGUAUGCAUAUUAAAGGGAUAAGAAGACAUGCAAGAGCUAGAUUAGGUGAAGUUCGAUACCAGUACAGUCAUUACUUUGUACGCUUAGAAGAGGGAAAUCCACCUGAAGAUUAUUAUAAAAGGAACCCAUUAACUGCCCAACAACAAUUGGAGAACUGGUUAGAUCAAAUGAGGAAAAGGAAGAUAAUAAAUUCAUUUUAAUUUGUUAAGUAGUGAAAAUCAUUUUAAUCAACAAAUACUUAGUAAUUGAUUGUAAGUAUGUAUUUUAAUGUCAUGAGAAAAUUACAUAGGUAACAAUUUAAUAAAUCCUCAUUUGACUUA